AUGGGUAUCAUCAAUCUCGGCCACGAAACAGACCCGAUCUUGACUCGCGUCGUCGAGGAGGACAAGAUAAGAUGGUGGAAGAAACGGAACCUGAGAUAUCUGUACUUCCUUCUUUACCCAACUUGCAUGGGGAUUGAAAUCACCUCUGGCUUCGACUCGCAAAUGAUCAAUGGACUGCAGCUGAUUGGUCCGUGGAAUAAAUUAUCUGGGAGACAAAUGGAUGCUAAUAAAGUAGUUUUCGGUCGGUUGACGACUGUUUCGGGGAAGAAGCAAUAUGCUGUUGCUGGACCGCUGCUCGGCAUGAUCUCCUCGGCUUAUAACCUUGGUGCGAUUUUGGCUGUGCCUAUUGUUCCUUGGGUGGCGCAGAAAUGUGGUAGACGAUGGAGUAUCUUUAUUGGAUCUGCUUUCCAGUGCUUUGGUGCUAUCUUGCAGUGUUUCUCUGUCAAUGCCGGAAUGUACAUCGUUGCUCGGAUGAUCCUGGGUUUCGGCAUCGUGUUCUGCAUCGUCUCGGGUUCAGCUAUGCUGGGUGAGCUGUCGUAUCCAAAGGAACGACCAAUUAUGACUUCCAUGUUCAAUGCAUCUUGGUUCGUGGGCUCGCUGGUCGCAUCGGGGAUUGUGGUCGAGACGGCAAAGAUGAAGGGUGAUUGGGCAUGGAGAUUACCUUCGAUACUACAGUGUUGCCCAUCACUUGUCCAAAUGGCUUUGAUAUUUGUCCUCCCCGAGAGUCCCCGAUAUCUCAUCAGCAAAGACAGACGAGAAGAAGCCUACGAUAUCCUCGCCACAUACCACGCAGAAGGUGAUCACGACUCCCUCUUCGUAAAAGCCGAAAUGGCACAGAUCGAAACAACAAUCAGAGUCGAAAUGGAAGUCGCAAAACAGUCAUGGACGGACAUGAUAGCCACGCCCGGCAUGCGGCGUCGUACAUUCAUUGCUGCAGCCAUGGGCCUUUACACGCAAUGGUCCGGCAAUACCCUCAUCUCAUUCUACAUGGGCAAAAUCCUCGUCAUGAUCGGGUACACCGACACAUACACCAAAACCAUGUUCAACCUCGGCUACACAGCCUGGAGCUUCAUCAACGGCACCGUAAUCGCCAUCAUCUCGCCGCGCUUCAAGCGCCGCACCAUGUUCCUAACGGGCGCAUUCGGCAUGCUAGUAGGCUAUAUUGCAUGGACGGUCGCCAUGCAGCGGGCGAUGUUGGCGCUGGAUUUGAAGGUGCCGAAUAAAGCUGCCGGGAUCGCGGUCAUGUUUUUCAUCUUUUUCUACUCGCCGUGGUAUAAUAUCGGGAACAAUGCAUUGGCUUACACGUAUAUGGUUGAGCUUUUUCCAUAUGCCGAGCGUUCGAGAGGUAUUUCUAUUGAGCAGGUCUUCGUCCGCGGAGCCGGCUUCUUCACCACAUUCAUCAACCCCAUCGGUAUGGACGGCGCUGGGUGGAAAUACCUAAUCAUGUACAUCGCCAUGAUCUGCCUCGAGAUCCUCACCAUCUACUUCUUCUAUCCCGAAACCCAAGGACGGACAUUGGAAGAAUUGACUUUCUUAUUCGAGGACAAGGCACUUGAAGAGAAGGCCGUCGUUGCAGUAGAGAAGACGAUCCACCACGAAUCCGCCGACGAUCACCUUGUGGGCGAGAAGGGGCCCAGGGCUGAAGAGGGACAUGUGGAAGAGUUAGUGCCUCCGAAAAUGAGCUGA